CCAAACACUUCACUAAUCUAUUUCUUCUUAUGCAGUGCAUGGGCCAAACAUCUUCUAAGCAAUUUUUUUUUUCUAAACCCUUGCCAGUAAUUUUGCAUAAAAUUUUCUAUAGAGGGAUGAUUUUAAGAGGUUUGGAUAUUUUCUGUGCUCUCACACAGCAUAAACUGAAUGACAACCUCUCUGCCAUUACAUACGAAGUAACAACACUGGUUUUGGCAGAGUCAUUUUAGACAAACAGCCAUUUUAAUAAGAUUUAAAUAUGGUUUUGUAUGUGCAUAGAAGACUAAUAAUAGAUUUGGAGCUCACUAAGCAGAAUAAUGACCAAUACAUUUGCAUGUCUGCCUCCAUGCUUUCUUGAAUACUGGCUGAAAGGAUGCAGGCAGAGAAUUUGCAUUUCUGAAGAGGCAUGUUUAACACUGCUUUUCAGGAAGAUGUGUCCCCUUUCACUGCUAACCAUGGUGUUGUGAAGUGGUGACUUCACAACAAUGUCACUGUGAAUUCCAUUGCCGUGAUUUAUUAUGUGCCUGACCCAUACUGAAGCAGGUCAAGCUGAAGGGGUGUGUACUCUAGGACUAUGUCUAUGCAGAGACAUUACUCUGAGGUGUUCUGGGCUGACACAAAGCCAGUGUGCUGCUGGGGCCCUUCAUGUGGAGCAGCCUUAUCUGCAGAGUUUGAUAUGGCAAAGUGGUGCUUUAUGGUUGAUGCCCUCUAUCUUUACAAUGGAUGUAAGGCUGAUGACAAUAUAGCAUCAGAACCAAGGAUUAAAAAACUGGAACCAGUACUUUUACCAGGUGAAAUUGUGGUGAACGAAGUAAAUUUUGUAAGGAAGUGCAUUGCAACAGACACGAGCCAGUAUGAUCUGUGGGGCAAGCUGGUUUGCACUAACUUCAAGAUUUCCUUUAUUACAGAUGACCCAAUGCCACUGCAGAAAUUCCAUUAUAAAAACCUCCUCCUUGGUGAACACGAUGUCCCACUCACAUGCAUCGAGCAGAUUGUCACAGUGAAUGAUACCAAGAGGAAGCAGAAGGUCCUUGGUCCCAAUCAAAAACUGAAAUUUAAUCCAACUGAAUUAAUAAUUUAUUGCAAAGACUUCCGUAUUGUCAGGUUUCAUUUUGAUGAAGCAGGUCCUGAAAGUGCAAAAAAGGUGUGCCUUGCAAUAGCUCAUUAUUCUCAGCCAACGGAUCUUCAGCUUCUCUUUGCAUUUGAGUAUGUUGGGGAAAUAUAUCAUAAUCCAGCAAAGAAGGUGAAUGGCAUAGACCCAGGAGGUGGUGGUGGUGGCAUCAGCAGUGCCAGUGGUCAACAGACUCCUCUGUUUGAAACUUACUCGGAUUGGGAUAGAGAAAUCAAAAGGACAGGUGCAUCCGAGUGGAGAGUGUGCUCAGUCAAUGAAGGUUAUAUGAUCUCCACUUGCCUUCCAGAAUAUUUUGUGGUUCCGUCUUCCUUAGCAGAUCAAGACCUGAAGCUGUACUCCUACUCCUUCAUUGGGAGGCGAAUGCCAUUAUGGUCCUGGAAUCACCCAAACGGGAGCGCCCUUGUGAGAAUGGCCAACAUUAAAGAUGUAUUGCAGCAGCGAAGAAUUGAUCAAAGGAUUUGUAAUGCCAUAACUCGAAGCCAUCCCCUGAGAAGUGAUGUUUACAAAUCUGACCUAGACAAGUGUCUCCCCAACAUCCAGGAAAUCCAGGCUGCACACAACAAACUCAAACAGCUCUGUGUCGAUGACCCUUUUGAUGAAACUGAAGAGAAGUGGCUGUCCUCCCUGGAAAACACUCGCUGGUUAGAGUACGUUAGAGCCUUUCUUAAGCAUUCUGCUGAGCUUGUCUACAUGAUGGAGUGUAAGCACGUUUCUGUAGUUCUACAAGAGGAAGAGGGACGGGACCUGAGCUGUCUUGCUGCUUCUCUCAUUCAAGUCAUGCUGGAUCCCUAUUUUCGAACAAUUGUUGGAUUUCAAAGCCUAAUACAGAAGGAAUGGGUCAUGGCAGGAUAUCAAUUUUUGGAUAGGUGUAACCACUUAAAGAGAUCUGACAAAGAGUCUCCUUUGUUCUUGAUGUUCCUUGACUGCGUUUGGCAGCUGCUGGAACAAUACCCAGCAGCCUUCGAGUUCUCUGAGGUGUACCUGACCGUCCUGUACGACAGCGCCCGCAUCUCCUUGUUCGGCACCUUCCUCUUCAACUGCCCUCACCAGCGAGUCAAGGAAAGCACUGAAUUUGCUAUAAGCAAAAAUAUUCAGCUGGGUGAUGAGAAAGGCCUCAGGUUUCCGUGUGUUUGGGACUGGUCUCUUCAGUUCACGAGCCAGGACCGGCUGCUGUUCCACAACCCGCUGUUCAUCGGGAAGAGCACGCCCAGCGUGCACAAUGGGGCCGUCCGGACCUUCAAGCGCUCCAAGAAAAACUACAGCUCCACAUUGCGAGGUGUCCCCCCAGCACUAAAAAACGGAAUCAUCGGUGAGCAGGAGUUCCUUCCAAGAAGAAACUCUCUGAUACUAAAAUUGAAGCCAGAGUUUUUCCAGUCAGCAGAGGGGCAGAGCCACAGUAUGGAGCAGUACUUCAGAGACUGGUUUGCAAAGCCCGUUGAUUUGCAUGGCGUCAUUCUGCCCCAUCUCUCUGGAACACAAAUAAAACUGUGGAAACUCUGCUACUUCCGCUGGGUUCCUGAGGCGCAGAUCAACCAUGGGGGCUCCAUCACCGCCUUCCACAGAGUUUCUCUGCUGGCGGAUGAGGUGGACAUGUUAAACCGCAGCCUGCGGCAGUACAAGAGCAAGUCCUCCUUGCAAGGCCACUGCUCAGAACUGGAUCAAAGCAGGAUGUACUUCAGAGCAAAUGGUUUAAAUGACACCUCAGGUGCCCCAGACUUUCUCUCCUCCUCAUUCCCAUUUUCUCCUGUAGGGAACCUAUGCAGACGGAGCAUUUUGGGUACACCUUUAAGCAAAUUUUUAAGUGGUGCCAAAAUCUGGCUAUCCACCGAGACGCUUGCAAAUGAAGACUGAGGUGAUGUGGAGGUUUAAAGGUUUGGGGAGAAUACAGCAUAUCAUUUUGUCUUUUCUAACUUAACACUGCUAAAUGCGGCAUUGAAAGCUGUAAUAAUUUUUAUAUACAAACAUUACAUAAGAUUUGCACAAAUAUUUAAAAGCAAGGCAAGUCAUGCUUCAAAUCGCACAAUUUUGUCUUCAGUAGUUCUCAUCUGCUGGGGCUUCUGCUCCCUGAUUCCUCCUGUUCUUGGGGGUUUGGCUCAUUACAAGUGAUAGAGCAUUUCAUUAGCUAAUUGAAAGGCUUGGUGUGGUCGUUAGUGAGGGUUCUGCUCGCAAUAUCUUUGUUUUCCCAGAUAGUGACUGAAGUGACCCUUUGAUAAAACAGCUUGGAAAGCCAAAGUAGUGCAGUGGAGAUGAACUGACAGCUGAAAUUUGGGAAUGUACUAUUUUAUAAGACUGCCUCUUCAGGAGUAAUACUUACAUAGAUGCAAACAUACUAAUGUUCCAUGACUGAUCACCCUACAUUGUGCUAAUGCAGUGUAUCCAUGGAAGGGGUUGUUCCCUUUUCUUUCUCUCCCCAAAAUGUGUUCAUUAACAAUUAGUCAGAUUUGUGCUCUUUGUCAUAAGCUUGACUUUAGACUAUAGAAAACCACAUCAGGACAAUGCACUGUUAACCUUAGAAGAUUUACUGUAGAUAUGGUAUUGUAGUAGCUUUAGAAGUGCCUUUAAUUGGGAGGAAACAGGUAGCAGGAUUAUUCUAAUGCAGCUAACACCUCCCCAACUUUUUAAAACAGACUGUUGAGGGAAGUUCUUUUUCCAUUCCCCACUUCCCCCUCUCCAUUUCUGGAAACAACAGGCAUCCAGAAGAAACAGCAGGUGUUCCUUAAGCUUGUUUGUAAGUCCCACAAGAUCCUCACCUCAAGAGCACCUCAACUACUCAGCAUUAUAUCCCUGCCAUCCCUCCCCUCAUUUUUUUGUAGGAUGAAGUAGCUUUCAGCAGAACUCAUAUCUGAGCCCUGCUGGGUUCCAGAAAGGAGCACUGGCUUCUCAUUGCCACUUCCACAUGGGGUGCAGGUGCUGCAGUUACCGGUAGGCAGGUGCUGCAAGAAGAGCAGUAAGUUGUGCCUUCUUUUUGCAGACUGCAUAUCCAUAGGGACAGUGCAAUGAACAAGCACUGCCUGAGGGAAUUACAUCCAACAGCCUCGUUCUGCUUAAUGCAGCAGCCUCCUCAUUCUGAAACCUUUUAAAAUGAUGCCUCUCCCUGGAUGCUGUGCCACAAAAGGACUCACAGGGAGAAAGGCAGGAGUGUGAAGAAUUCCAGGAGAUUUGAGAAAUAGUGAUGUGUCAUUCUCAUAGGUUAAGGCUCCUGUGAGCUGCCUUCUCUGGACAGUGAGGCUGUAUUUUGUAUUAAAUUAUUUCUGUAUAAACACCAACGCUAUUAGAACUGACACUGAGCCUCUAUCCAGGUAUUGCCUCACCAGUUUAAGGCACCAAAGGCCUUAAACAAUGGACUCGGAGCUGUUCUCAGUUUUCUUAGUAGGGAAAAAAGAAAGCUGCAGGAUGGGAAUAUGCAGUGUAUUAGAGUUUUAAAAAAGGGGAGGGGAUAGGAUUUGGAGAUCAUUGUAAACCCAAACUGAUCUUCAGCAUAGCCUAAAUCACAAAGUGGGGUUUGGCUCCCAGGCUGUUCUCUGACCUCCAAGGCUGUGCUGUGGUUGCACUGCUGGGGUUGGAGAGGGAAGCAAGGCAGAGCCAAUGCAGAGGUGAACAGUGUCAGGGGAGGGGGCUUCCUUUUUUACCUUACAAACUUUCAAACCCUGUUCCUAUGCAAAGAGGUUGCUGAGUGUGUGCUGUGUGCAACGUGGGCAAGCACAGGCUGUUGUGACACAAUGCCAGGCGCUUCUGGGCAACUGUUUGUGAGGAAAAGACAUGAAUUCACCUCAAUUGCUUAAUUAGGCUGCAAGAUGAGCUGAGCAUGUUAAAUGGUCCACAAACUAGUUGUGUUUAUUUCCAAGCUUGCUAGAGUAGUCAUCUCACUUGUUCAUUAUUCAAAUGUUUGUUUUAGUUUGCUUUUGCCAUUCCUGUUUUCCCAUUAGCUUACUGCUUUCCCUGGCCUGAUACUUGACAUAAAGACCUCAACCUGUGUGCUUAGUGUCUUUUGGUACCAAUUUUUUUUUUCUUUUAAAACGACAGUUAAAACUAUAAUGUCUUUUUCUAUUCUUUCCUUAAAAGUAUAACUACUUUGGUUUAAUGGUACCAAAAAUGUGUAAAUAAAUUACUCCACAAAAGCAGCUGGUGGAAAUAAAAAGUGUUUAGGUUAGUACCCUUUGGGGGGGAAAUGAGUACAAUAUUUAAACAGAAUUGUCUUUUAUAAGGAGAUUUCAGACAUUUUUACAUUUCAGUUCUAAGAUGUGUACAGAUGCUGCAGAGGGUCUUUGUAUUUUAUAUAUAUAGCAUGGGAGAGGGUUAAAAAUAAUAUGCCUUUAUAAUAAACAAAACCUGUCAAAAAUCUAUUUGCCAAACAGACUUAAAAAGAAAUUUUAUACCAUUCCAAAAGGGGAGUUAGGUAGGCAGAGGCUAAGAGGGGGCACCUCCUGCAGAGAGGAAGGGAAGGGCUCCACCUUUCCCCAGACUUGAAGACAAGGUUCUGCUUCCUUGUGUGCAUGGCCUUGCUGAGGAGUCUGAGCAGCUGCUGUGCCUGUGGAUGCUGCUGCUUCCUCUGAGUUAAACAGCUCCAUACUUUCUACAACAGGUACCAAGUGUUGAUUUUGAAAUAUUCUCCACUCUGCACAGUUGCCUUAUCAAGUCAGUAGGGACUGUUCUGGAUAUCUUUAAUAACUUUCAAAAGCAAUUUUGAGGUGUGAGUAUCUAUCUUACUUCUGCAUUCAGAAUACUGACAUGCAAGUGUGUAUAUAUAUGUCUGUGUAUAUAUAUGUACACAUAUUUUCAAAUUUUCAUUUCUGUUCACCAUUUAAAGCGAGAUUCUGUUAAAUGCCAUUUUUGUGUUGCAAGAGUAGAAAAGCUACCAAGCAGCUCAUCCUUUGUGUUUGUAGAAAAUGUGCAUUACUGCAGCUGUUCCUGGCUGAGUCAUGACUUUGUACCACACAGGGGGAGCUCUGCAGCUGCUGCUGCAGCUGCUGAGCCCCAGUGCAGCAGCUGGGCUCAGUGCAGGGCUGGGACUUUGGUGGCACCUGAGCCUCCAGGGACUGCCCUGUACCUCCAGAAGUGCACUGAGAACUGUGUUUGUGUGUCUGCCCAGGCCUGCCCGUGUGCUUCAUGGGUACCUGCCUGCAAUACCACUCUGAUCAAUUAACUGCCUUGUGUUUCAAUGAAAAUGUAGCAAGCUGGGCAAACCUUUUGGCUUAUUCUCAGAUGGGAAGAUAUUAAAACAAAAAAAAAUCUAACAUGUAUUUAAGCAAAGGAUGAAAUCUUAAAUUUGCCUCUAACCAAGAGACACAAAUCUGUACCUCAAAUUGCUCUAGGCAGUAGGUUUCUAAUGCUGUUGCUGUGAUGGUUUAGAGUUCACCAUUUCAACUGAAACUAAAACCUUUGUGCCUGAUAAUGAUUUACUGAGUAAAGUAGCAGUGGCAGGAAGAUUAUAAAAUCCUGAUGCUGAGUUGUGAAUGUGAAGUAAAUUAGAGUCAAUAAAAGUUUGUACCUUUCCACAGUGAACUGCAGGUGGUUUUCUUUCCCUUUCUCUAAUAAAAAAAAAAUUUGUGUGUGUGUGUUUUUUUCCAAGAAUAGCAUGGACACUGUGCUAUAGAAAGAUGAUUAAUAAAAAUGAUGUGCAAGUUA